AUGUUGAAGUGUGGUGUUUUUGUCUUGAUUUAUGUGGUGAUGGUUGUGGGUGUUUUGGGAAGGCCGGUGGAAUUCAAUUCGUUGGAGGAGUUUGAGGCGGUUAGCGUUGUGGAUAAGGUCGGGGUGAGUGGCAGUGUUGUUAGGGCUGAUGGUGCGGGUAAUGGUGUCAAGGUAACUGGUGGUCAUCAAACGAGCGAAUGGGUGUUCAAGGUGGUAAUGUUGGUGGUUAGUGUAUUUUGUUCCGGUGCAUUUGUUUGCUCCUGUUGGUGUGGAAUUAAGUGUAUACGAAAUGGGUGCAGUUGUAAAAGAGCUUGGUUCACUCCGAAGUCAAUGGACGAGUAUCGUCGUCGAAAGGAAGCGAAAGAAGAAGCAUUUGAAAUUAAAAUGGGCUUUGGACAACAGCGAGAAUGA